ACACCAAAAACGAAAAAUCUCAUUAAUAUUCCUCUCCCUCACUCUCUAUAAAAGUAGUUACAUCUCACCACACGCAAUUGUCUCACAUGCUCAUCACCAGACUUCACCAAACGAGUUUGCUUCCACAAUAUCAACCAAAAGUAUCAUUACCUAUUCUCAACCUCAGAGACAUGGCAGGGCACAAGCCCAUCAUUGCUAUGAGGCUCCUGGUGCUCUUCCUGGGAUUCUCUUGCCUUCUCUCAUCUCUUGCAGUUCCUUCAACUAAAUUGUUGUUCUGUUUCACAGGGAGUCUCAAGUCAAGCAGUGAAGAGGAUGAUGGUGAACUAUCGGUUCCAAACUUGUUAGCUCAGGAUGAGAUAAUGGGAAUGAGUGGAGGAGGAGAGAUGGUGUUUAUGGAGAGGAGGAUGGAGAUGGAAAGCAACGACUAUCCUGGAACAGGAGCCAACAACCACCAUGACCCUAAAACUCCUGGAAGAGGCUAAAGUGUCCCUUUCUAUAACUAUAUAACUAUUGUAUAAUGUAUAUUCAUAUGUAUAAUCUAAGGGAAAGAGAGAGGGGGUCAAAGAUGGAGUUGGGAUUUUUUUUCAUUUUCUUGGUCUUUAUUUAUGUUUCUUUUUAUUUUCUUUUUUCUCUUUCUCUUUCUUGAGGUUGAAGCUUCUCUGUGUUGGCGUUGUCAUAUGAGAAUGUCUCUGUCAUUUUGCAGAAAAAAAGAUCAUGUAGUGGUCUUAGCUUGACUUAACCGAUAAUGGUAGGCACGCAAUGCGGAUUUGACUUUUCACGUC